AUGAAAUCAAGUUAUUUUGAUGAUGGAGACUUGCAAUUAGAAAGAAAUUGCCAAAAAUGUUUGCAAGUAAUCUGCAAUUUAUUUCUUCCAUUUUUACCUAUUGAAAAAAUUAAUGCUGAAUUAUUUGAAAAACUUAUCCCAAAGAUUUCAGCUUUGUUCCAGAAUAUCAUCAUAGACAUUAAAGAUAUUAUUCAAAGUGAAGAUCUAGAUUGUAAUAAAACAGAAAAUAUAACUGAUUUUUUAGAGGCAAUCUGUUCACUUCUUUGUAAUGUACUUAUCAGUAUUGAAUUUUUAAAUAAAGAAACAUCUAUUAUGUUGGAACAUUUUUAUAGUUUACCAGAAAAUAUCAUUGCUUUUUUGAAAAAAAUUUAUAACCAUUGCAAACUCAGCAUUUUCAUGUUUAUCAUGAUACUUGAUGGUAUGAAAUGGCAUAAAUUCAAUGGUCAAGAAGACAGGAAUUGA